AGUUUUCAUAGAUGACACCGGUUUGGUACUUUGUCAUGUUUAAAUACCUGUAAUCCGUAGGCUAUCGAGUUUGACCUUUUUUCCUGUGUGCCAAUGACCGAUUGCCAAAUGGUUUCUUCAGAUUUCACUGCAGAUGAGAGGUUGGAGAUCGAGAGCAUGAAGAUGCAUAAGAAAGACCUGCUAGAGGACAUCCAGAAGCUAAAGAUGGAGAUUGACAAAGUCAUGGCAGAAGUUCAAGACUUUGAGUCUACAGAGGAGAACAAAGUCCUUGAGAAAGGAAAGCAGUUCUCAAGCGGGAAGAAGAAAUUCAACAUGGACCCUAAAAAGGGUAUAAACUACCUGGUAGAGAACAAGCUUCUGGAGAGGAGCCCUCAGCCAAUAGCAGAGUUCCUUUACAAGGAGGAGGGGCUCAAUAAGACUGCCAUUGGAGACUACCUGGGAGAGAGAGAAGACCUCCACCUCCAGACACUGAAAGCCUUUGUGGACCUCCAUGAGUUCUCAGACCUCAACCUGGUACAGGCACUGAGGCAGUUCCUGUGGAGUUUCCGUCUGCCCGGCGAGGCUCAGAAGAUUGACCGCAUGAUGGAAACCUUCGCCACACGCUACUGUGACUGUAACGCUGAAGUCUUUCAGUCUACAGACACCUGCUACAUCCUGUCGUUUGCCAUCAUCAUGUUGAAUACCAGCCUCCACAACCCCAAUGUGAAGGACAAGACCCCUCUAGAGAGAUUCAUCUCUAUGAACAGAGGCAUCAACAACGGAGGGGACCUGCCCAAUGAGCUGCUCACGAAACUGUACGACAGCAUCAGGAAUGAGCCCUUUAAAAUCCCAGAGGAUGAUGGGAACGACCUGACUCACACCUUCUUCAACCCCGACAGGGAGGGAUGGCUCCUCAAACUAGGAGGCAGAGUGAAGACGUGGAAGAGGAGAUGGUUCAUCCUGACUGACAACUGCCUCUACUAUUUUGAGUACACCACUGACAAGGAGCCCAGAGGCAUCAUCCCUCUGGAGAACCUGUGUGUGAGAGAGGUGGUGUAUGCACGCAAACCGUACUGUCUGGAGCUGUAUAACCCCAACAGCAGGGGUCAGAAGAUCAAGGCGUGUAAGACAGAGACAGACGGCAGAGUGGUGGAGGGGAAACACCAGUCGUACAUGAUCUGUGCUGCUACCGCUGAGGAACGAGACACAUGGAUAGAGAGCAUCAGAGCCAGCAUCACCAAGGACCCCUUCUAUGACCUGGUGUCGGUGCGUAAGAAGAAGGUGAUCAACCAGGCUCCCCAAGACUGAGACAGGACAGCACCCCCUGUGGAUCAAUCACAGUACUGCAUCACAGAGGGAGAUGGAACCCCUACAGCAAAUAGUUCAAUCAAUAGACUUUGGUUCAGGUUCAGUGGAACUGACUAAGCAUUGGGAACCUGGACACUUUGAGAAUGAGGACUUUCUACCUUAAAAAGGAAUUAGAAAUGAACUUUUGUCAUAAUGAGAAUUGAGGGAUAAUUUUUUGUUGUUGCAAGAAGAGUUUCUGAGAAGACUGCUGGGGGAAAGACUGAUUUUGACUUUUAUCUGGAUUAAAAGGGUGGAACUGUGUACUGUCUGGAAGAGUGACUUCUCAUUUUGAACCACGGCCGUGUCAAAGGACUUCCUUCUUAUCCUGUGAGAUGAAAUACUGUCAUUGUCAACAGCUGUCAACGUGACCUGUACAUACUGUUUGUUGAUAAGGUGACAGAAGCGAAGCCAAGAGAGCGGUUUCUCAUGUGUACAUACCGCAGAUAGAUACGACCUCAAGCAUGGCUGAUUCCACCUACUGUCCUUGUAUGACUCGUUGAUUGUGUCCCAAAUGGUGCCCUAUUCUCUAUACAGUGCACUACUUUCCACCAGAGCCUUACGGACCCUGGUCAAAAGUGGUGCACUAAAUAGGGAAUAGGGUACCAUUUCAGAUACAGAUCUUGUCUGCUGUUAUAAGACCUCUGUGUCUUUGGUUUAUCAUACCUGUUCUAUGUACUGGAUGUACAUCAUGAUAAUAGAUACCACCUCCAACGUUGCUGGCUUCACCAACUGUACUAGGGUGGCAGGUAGCCUAGUGGUUAAGAGUAUUGGGCCACGAGGCUGCUGGUUCGAAUCCCCGAGCCCCCUAGGUGAAAAUCUGUUGAUGUGCCCUUGAGCAAGACGCUUGACCCAUAAUGCUCCUGUAAAUUACUCUGGAUAAGGGUGUCUGUUAAAUGACUGAAAUGUAUUUGCCUCUGUAUGCUAAUACUGUAGAGAGGAUCUAUGA